CCUCAUCGCGCUGGCGGGCUGGGUCGGGGCCAGGGGCCGGCGCUGGGUGUCGGUCCGCGGUGCCGGGGAGGUCUCGGCCUGACGCCCGUCCGGAAGAAGCGAGAGAGCGCGCCCCAAGGCAGCGGCGUCCUGGAGACCCGAGAGAGAUGGAAGCGGCGGCGCCGGCGGCGGUGGAAUCGGUGGGGCCGGAGGAGCUAGAUAUGGAUGUAAUGAGGCCCUUAAUCAAUGAACAGAAUUUUGAUGGGACAUCAGAUGAAGAACAUGAGCAUGAACUCCUGCCUGUUCAGAAGCAUUACCAGCUUGAGGGUCAGGAGGGUAUUUCAUUUUUACAAACUCUUAUGCACCUUCUUAAAGGAAAUAUUGGGACCGGCCUUUUAGGACUCCCAUUGGCAAUAAAGAAUGCAGGCAUAGUGCUUGGACCAAUCAGCCUUGUGUUUAUAGGAAUUAUUUCUGUUCACUGUAUGCACAUUUUGGUACGUUGCAGUCACUUUCUAUGUCAGAGGUUUAAAAAGUCGACAUUAGGUUAUAGUGACACUGUGAGUUUUGCUAUGGAAGUAAGUCCUUGGAGUUGUCUUCAGAAGCAAGCAGCAUGGGGACGGAGUGUGGUUGACUUUUUUCUGGUGAUAACACAACUGGGCUUCUGUAGUGUUUAUAUUGUCUUCUUAGCUGAAAAUGUGAAACAAGUUCACGAAGGGUUCCUGGAGAGCAAAGUAUUUGUUUCGAAUAGUACCAGUUCAUCAAACCCACAUGAGAGAAAUAUUGACCUAAGGAUAUAUAUGCUUUGCUUUCUUCCAUUUAUAAUUCUCUUGGUCUUCAUUCGUGAGCUGAAGAAUCUGUUUGUGCUUUCAUUCCUUGCUAACAUUUCCAUGGCUGUCAGCCUUGUGAUAAUUUAUCAAUAUGUCGUUAGGAAUAUGCCAGAUCUCCACGACCUUCCAGUAGUGGCUGGUUGGAAAAAGUACCCGCUCUUUUUUGGUACUGCUGUGUUUGCUUUUGAAGGCAUAGGAGUGGUCCUUCCACUUGAAAAUCAAAUGAAAGAAUCAAAACGCUUUCCGCAAGCACUGAAUAUUGGCAUGGGAAUUGUUACAACUUUGUAUGUCACGUUAGCUACCUUAGGGUACAUGUGUUUUCAGGAUGAAAUCAAAGGCAGCAUAACUCUGAAUCUUCCUCAAGAUGUGUGGUUAUAUCAAUCAGUGAAAAUUCUAUAUUCCUUUGGCAUCUUUGUGACGUAUUCCAUUCAGUUCUACGUCCCAGCAGAGAUCAUCAUCCCUGUGAUCACAUCCAGAGUUCAGGCUAAAUGGAAGCAGAUCUGUGAAUUUCUGAUAAGGUCCAUCUUGGUUAUUAUUACUUGUGCUGGAGCCAUUCUGAUCCCUCGCUUAGACCUUGUGAUCUCCUUCGUUGGCGCCGUGAGCAGCAGCACCCUGGCGCUGAUCCUGCCGCCGCUGGUGCAGAUCCUCACAUUUUCUAGGGACCACUGCAGUGUGUGGAUGGUCCUGAAAAACGUGUCCAUAGCCUUCACUGGGGUCGCUGGCUUCUUGUUAGGGACCUACGUCACUGUUGAAGAAAUCAUCUACUCGAACUCCACUGCUAUACCCAGUACUUUACAAAGCUCCUCUCUGACUUUGAAUGCAACGUGCUUUACAUCUUGUUUGAAAUAGUUGACAUGGAAUUAUGAGUCUUCUACUUUUGUCUCAGUUCUGAAAAUGACUGAAAGAAGGACUGGUAGAAUGGAUACAUUGCCAUAGACUUAAAUAUAAAUGCAAAUUCUGUUUCCUUUUGGCACAAAUGGAUACUUUGGCAGUAAAUUGUAAUUCUUGACUAGUAGUGGUAGACUAUGGCAGAUUCAUGGUUUUAGCAAUAAGUGUUUCUUAAUUUAGUUUUGAAAAUUGAACAAAUUAAAAUGUUAAAUAAUUAAAGAGUAAAAUGGCUUCUAUUUUUUAUUCAGUCAGAAAUAGUUUAACUGAGACCCUUUGUCCCCAUGCUACUGUUUUGUCCCCAGCUGAGGAGAGAGCAGGAUUUCACCAGUAAGAGAAUUAAAGUCCUAAUUUUAAUUCUUAGUGAAUUCUUAAUUCACUUGGACCAUCCUAGUCAAUGUCAUACCACAUUUUAUUUAUAAUGUAAAAAUAUCUUGAUUAUGCUUUUAUUAGAGAGCCAAAUACUUAGCCCCAGGAAGUAUAGAAAACUCUCAUUUAUCAUGUUAGCAUCAGAGAUCCAUAAAACUGGAAUUAUUUUUAUACUGUUCUGUAAUGAUAGUUGAUCUUCAUACUGAAACCCAAGGGGCCUGUGCAAGAUCACUCAGCCUUGAGAUCAAGAGAAGUGAUCUUUCGAUUCCCAGUCCAGGAUUUUUAAAAAUAUUUUUCACAUCACAUCUAGGAAAAGAAUAAAGUACGUUCAGUUCGACUUUAGUGUUGAGUCCCUUUGUAUUUUGACCACUCUGAAGGCUGUGAUCUUUGAAUGGCACGUGUGACCCGAGCAGAGAGUCAGAACCCUGCCGGACGCACUGGGGAAGAAGCGGUCUUUGUAACGAGGGAGAAGCCACGUGCUGGCUUAACUGCUGGUUGGUGGAAGGUGCCCAGCUAUCCUCUUUGGUUGGAGCUCUUACUAUUUCUUCCCUUUCUAGGUUUUGUGGGCACCAUCCUUCUUAAUGGACACAGAUAGCUGACAAAACACAGGCUUUCUGCUGUUACCGGCCUUGUGGCUCCCCUUUUACUGAUCUGAGUGGGCGGAGUAAACCCCACUGAGAUUUGUGCUUAGGAAAAAAAGACCAUUUUAAACUGUCUACUAAAUAUCGAGACACUGUCAGUUUCUUCCAGAGACAUACUUCUGUCCUGUAUUCUUUAUAGCCAGUUAUUAGCCAAAACAAAGAAUCCUGCUUUUUAAAAAAUUCACACUUUAAAACAUGUUGAACUGUUUAAUCAGGCUGGUGGUAUUCCAAUCUGUAAUAGUACAAGACACUAAUAUCACUGCAGUGUAUAUAUUCUCUAUUUUUAUAUGUAAAUGUUAAGUCAAAUAUUUUUUGCUUACAUCAUGACUGAGUCAUCAAAUAAAAUCCUAAAGAAAUGUCAGAAGCUUUAUUUUGGACAUAAAUUCAUACGAAUCAAAACCUUUUUAAAGCAUUCACAUUGAGUAUUACCAAUACUUGUUUGUGAUACUUUUAUUUCAAAUCUAUUAUGUUGAGCCUUCACUCAUAUUGAGAAAAUAUGAAAGAUGUUAACAGGAAAAGUAACCGUAAUUGAAACUAAUGUAAUUUUGAAUCUAAGAAUAAGGCAUUUUUAAAAAUGUGGAAUGGCAUUUCGGCGCUUUGCUGCUUGCUCCCAGAUGCCAGUUCGUCGUCACUGUGCACGCUGCCCCCAUCCCCACCCCCGACCCCGAGGAGAAGGCCCCAGUGAGGAAGAAGAAGGGCCAAGAAGCCUGUAGGCUGUCUCAGCUCACACCAAGGCUGUGGCCGCCUCCAAGGAGCGCAGUGGCCUGUCACUGGCUGUGCUCAAGAAGGCACUGGUGGCCGCCGCUGGCCAGCACACGGACAAGAACAACAGUCAAAUCCAGCUGGGCCUCGGACCUGGUGAGCAGUGCCCCAGUGCCGACCACGGGCGGUGGUGCCUCAGGCUCCUUCAAGCUCAACAAGAAGGGGUGGAAAAAACGUUUGGUGGUAUAAAAUGAUCGAAAACUGUUAUUUAACAGAAAGCACUAGUAAGAGUUUGUCAGCUGUCUUUAAAUGAUAUUUCUAGUCUGUAUGUGAAAUUUUAUUUUUAUGUUUACCUGUUUAUUUUCCUAAUGAAUUCAUCUAAUUCAAUAAAAUUUCUAUUAGUUUAUCAUAGCAAUAGAUAAAAUUUAAAUUCAGCAUGAAUAAGUGUUGAACACAUCAUUAACCAGGCUUUCUUACGCAGUGAGUGCUACAGUGGCAGCCAGUGCCUGGAAGUCACUAAAUUUAUCGAUACUCCGGGUACAGGAGGAAAACUGAAAUGCAGAAAAGAGGAGGGAUUGGAAGGGAGAGAGUAGUUUUAGUUCUUAACAGGAAACCCUAUUUAGAUGUAAAGUAUACAUGCACUAAUUGAAGGAUUUUGAUGAUGAGUUUUAUUUGU